AUGAAUAAUUUCGAUUUUAGCAAUCAAAGAUUGGAUAACGCAUUUCGUAUUUUAUGCUCUAAACUCUAUAUGAAAGCAGAAUCUCAACAGUUGGAUCGUAUUAUACAAGCAUUUUCUAAACGUUAUUUUGAAUGCAACAAAAACACUCUGUUGCUUUCUCUUGAUAUCGUGUAUGCUGUUGCUUAUUCUUUGCUCUUAUUAAAUACAGAUUUACAUGUAGUAGGUGGUGGUAGGGCGACUAAAAUGUCUAAAUCUAGCUUUGUAAAAAAUACAAUGGAAACAAUACAGUCCCUUAUAUUACCCGAAAUAGAGCAAUGUGAAGAAUGUCUAUCCACUAUAAGUUAUUAUCAGCAUAAGGACUCAUCUCCUUUAAGCCAAGUUAACAACUCUCCAUCAUCAAUGAGUCAUAUUGUGUUUAAUGAAAAGAACCUUCCUCGAGAUAAUUCUAUCAGUCAAAGAGUCGAAGACAAUGAUAUGCUACAAAGACGAUAUGCUUUGAGUUCAAAAUUAUCAGAAUAUGAUAAUUUAAUAACUUGUACACAAGAAGUUUGGUUAACAGAGAUUGAGGGGUUAUUAAAGGAGAUGUAUGCAGCAGUAAAGGCUCAUAGAAUAGAUCAAGCAGUAACUUCCAACAAACCUAAAACUGACAAUGAGGGUCCACGUAGUAUACAAAGAUCUAAAACAUUACCUAAAAAUAUAUGUAAAGAGACUCAAGGUUCAUUGCAUAUGAAAAGAAAGAGAGGCUAUUCCUUUAUUCAACCAUUUGAAUCUAGCAAUCACUCUAUAACCAAUUUUUUCUUAACAGAUAACGAUUUAGCUUCUUUAUUCACGACCCUUAAGAAAGAGGAAUUGUAUAGGCAAGGACUUGUGAUGCGUAAACAUUUAAUGAAAAGUACAAAUAAGCGAGCAAACCAUCGUCAAUGGCAACUUUGUUAUUUAGUAAUGACUGAUAGUGAAUUAAUUAUGUAUAAACCUGCUAUCCAACAACGAACGAUAAAGGAUUAUAUAAAAGGGAAAAGUAGAUUACUUUGGAAUUAUUAUUCUUCAAAUUCGUUGUUUUCACUACAAGAUAUUAUUCAGCAUUAUCCUUAUUGGCAAGCAAAUAAAGAUGCACCAUGGAUGGAUAUAUUACAAAUGAAUCAUACUUAUACAACUGCAAUUCCACCGCCAGGAUGGAAUCCUCAACGUCCUCAUGUCUUUCGUUUAGAGACAAAUGAGGGUGGAGUUUGGUUAUUUGAAUCGACAGAUCAAUUUGCAGUACAAGCCUGGGUAGAGGUAUGUAACCUUACCGCCGCUAAGAUUAGUAAAGGACCAUUAUUAGGUGCAAUUUGUAAUGUCAAUUAUGGAUGGAAGGAUAUAAAUGAUUAUUGUAAUACGGGACAGCAAGAGUUAGUGAGGAUAUGGUAUCCACCUAUGCCAUGUAUGAUCAAUAGUUUUUUGAAUAUUGAUGAGCAAUAUGAUGAUAUUAAGACUCAAAUUGAGCAGUUACGUAAAGAACUAGAUGAACAUCGUAAACUGAAAUUGUUAGUAGAUAAGAAGGUGACUUAUAAAUAG